UUUCUGUCUCUGUCUCUCUCUGCCUUUCCCUUCUCAGUACCAUCUUCGUUCUCAUUCAUUUCCUCCACCUCUGGCUUCCUCAUGCAACUCUUGCCCUUUCUUUCUCCCUCUCCUUUCUCGUGACACUCUUAUCUCCAAACUUAUAGUCUGCCAUUAAUGCUGAUAUUCCAUACCUGAACUACCCUCCUUCCUUUCAUCCCCAUCUCGUUUCCACAUGAUUUCUCAUCUUGCUGCUUGCAACGCCGCCACCAGCAGCAGCAUCUGUCCAAUUCUCACCGUCUUCAACCACCAUGCGAUCCCCUCAGGCCCUCCGUAACGGCGGCGACAACCGCUCUCCCACCCCCGGUUUUCACUCCACUGUGGCCGAACGCAAACUGCGUCGUUUCAACUCUCUUUUACUCGUCUUCCGCCUCACCUCCUUCUCCUUCUCCUUUGCCUCUUUCGUCUUCAUGUUCACCAACACUCGCGGCUCCGAUUCUCCUCACUGGUACGACUUCGACACCUUCAGAUUCGUGCUCGCUGCGAAUGCAAUAGUGGCAGUGUACUCCGUGUUCGAAAUGGGAGCGUCGGUGUGGGAAAUCUCCAGAGGAGUUACGAUCUUCCCCGAAGUCCUUCAGGUCUGGUUCGACUUCGGACAUGACCAGGUGUUUACGUACCUGUUGCUCGCGGCCAGCGCGGCGGGGACGUCAAUGGCCAGGACGCUGAGAGAGACUGACACGUGUACGGCCAGCAACGCGUUCUGUGUGCAAUCAGACAUAGCUAUAGCCUUGGGAUACGCGGCUUUUAUGUUCUUAGGGUUCACGUCCUUGCUGUCUGGCUUCCGGGUCGUCUGUUUUAUUAUCAACGGUUCGCGAUUUCAUAUCUGAUUUUCCUGCUUCUUAAUCCUCCGAAACGGCGUCGUUCCAAGGAGCGAGCGAGAGGUAUGAAUUUUUGGGUGGGUCCAACCCCAUGCUUUUACUGUACGCUGUGAUUUACUGAGAUGAAAGCGAUAGUUAGCUUUGGGCAAUUAAAUCGCAAGUUACGCUAUUUCAAGACCACAGUCACAGUUCUCGCAUUGUUAAAGCACACCCCACUUCCUAGUGACUUUUGCCAUACAUUUCGACCUUCAUCUUUAUUUUCCUGUUACAUUCACACUAUUAUCAUUAUUAUUAUUUGUAAUUUGCUUUAACGAUUAAUAAUGAAGUUUUCAUAGCAUU